CUUGCGUUUAUCCUGGGUGUACUUCUUUUAUAACUACUCGUAUUUUUUCUUCUUAAUACGGGAGGGGGGGAAGAGAGAAUCUCGCACGAAACUUUUCCCUUUACGGAAGGCGGGACUGAAACAAUACCCGAUGCAUUGUUUAAAUGUAAAACCUCCAGCGCUUUUUUUUUUUUUUUCUUCCCCCUCGGCACGGUUUUAUUGCCGCCGCCGCCGCCGUUGUGAUAGCGCUUUCCCUCUUGUGUUUACAGCUUCUGUAGGGGAGAGACGCUCAGAGGAAGAACCAGGAUCCCUGGGCUGCAUAAACAAGGAAAGCAGGAGUCCAUCUAAGCAGAGCUGGAAGGAUUUCACCUUGUUGCUGUUUGUUUCGGGAGAUUUUCCUUCCCCCCGCCCCGGACACUAUCCAGCUGAGGGUUUGUUUCGUUGCUGCGUCCACAGUCGUCCAGAAGAAAAGCGCUUUACGUGUUAGAGGUGAUUUUUGCCGUGGUCUCCCUGCAAGAAAGAGAUCAGCACCAGUCUUGGGGGAGGAGAGAGAUAUGAUCAACUGAGGCUUUCCCUACCUCUGGCUGAACGUGAGAGUUCAAGUGACAGUGCCGCUGGCCUGACUGCACAGCAAGCUGGAAUCGCAGCCAGAGCUGCUCAAUUUACCUGCUCGAGGACCCUUCGAACCCUUCUAUUGACGGUAGAGAUUUGUAUCCAAAGGAAAAUCGGAUUAAUAUAAACUAUGCAGAGCUUUGCGGGGAUAUCUGGAGACUACCCUGUCUGCAUGGCUAAUCUUGAAAUUGUCUGAAAUAAAUCCUUAGCGCAAGGAAUAGCGAGACACUUUCAAUUAGGCUUUUUUUUUUCCUCCUGGCGCUUUUUUUUUUUUUCCUACGAGAAUUUAACACUUUCAUCGCAAGGUUUUUACAGGAGAAUGGGACACAUGCUGGAAAACUCACUACAUUUCAUAAAAAUCACAGGGGUACCAGUUUCCUUCAUCAUUGCGGUAUGAAAGGUACUCUUUGGAUUGUCUGCUGGUGGAAAAGAUGGAUCAGUCUUUCUCUGUUUCUGUUAGCGAUGUGCUGAAGGAUCCGGAUUUACUGAAACACUGACGCCAAUAAACUUACUCCCUUUCUGUUGAAGACAUUGGAUGUGACAGUGCAGAGAAACAUGUGUUUCCCAUUUCUGACUGGUUGUUCUGGUGCAAUCAAUACCUCCACAAGAAACGUUGACUUAGGUGGCGAUUAUCGUACCGGGAGGCACAGGGAGUGCUGCUUUCGGGUUGCAUGCAAAGUGAGCACAAAUCAAAGAGUGCGCCGUUCCUGUGAAGUGGGGGCUUCUCUUCCCCCCAAACUUCGGGGCAAAGGCAGCGGACGAUGUUCCCGACCCACCAAAGAGAGCCCGGCCUCGGGGUGCGGAAUGAGCAGUGACCAAAGCGCUGUCAGGAGUGGCAGGCAGUCGGAUCGAAUGGGGAUCAGUGAGGCAAUAGCGGUUGAAAGAAAGGUGGAUCGCGAAAUUAUUGCCCGAAGGAAUAGCAGGCGAGGCGGAAUGAUGAUAAAGUUAAACUUCUGUUUCAUCUUCUGUCGGGGAUGGUGGGCGUUUCUGUUGCUUCAGCUCCACAUGUUGCAAGCACUGGCACAAGAUGAUGUUGCACCAUACUUCAAGACUGAACCAGGCUUGCCCCAGAUACACUUGGAAGGAAAUCGACUCGUACUUACAUGCCUUGCCGAAGGCAGCUGGCCCUUGGAAUUUAAGUGGUUACACAAUGACAGUGAAAUAACUGCCUACUCCAGCGAAUAUAAGUACAUCAUCCCAGCUUUGCAGAGGUCUGAUGCUGGCUUUUAUCAGUGUGUCGUACGAAACAGGAUGGGGGCAUUGCUGCAAAGACGAUCUGAAGUUCAAGUGGCAUACAUGGGAAAUUUCCUGGACACAAACCAGAGAAAAACAGUGACUGAAGGACAAGCUGCAGUUCUAAACUUCCUACACAUACUCAGCUAUCCAAGACCACAAGUGACAUGGUUUAGAGACGGGCACAAGAUUAUACCAAGCAGCAGCAUAGCCAUCACACUGGAGAACCAGCUGGUCAUUCUUGCAACAUCAGUGACAGAUGCAGGAGGCUACUAUGUCCAGGCGGUCAAUGAAAAGAAUGGGGAGAACAAGACAAGUCCGUUUAUUCAUCUCAGUGUAACAAGUGCCAUAGACCCAUCUGACACCGUGGCUCCCAGCAUUGUAAUUCCUCCACAGAACACCAGCGUUGUAGCAGGGAGCAGCGAAAUCACGCUGGAGUGUGUGGCCAGCGCAAGACCUCUUGAGAAACUAAGCAUGACCUGGAAGAGAAAUGGAGUGAAAAUAACCAGUGGCAUUAGCAGUUUUGGGAGACGACUCACUAUCACCAACCCAACCUCUGCUGAUGUGGGGAUGUACUUUUGCGAAGCCAAAUUGAGAGACAGCACAGAGGAACCAGCAAGAGCGAAAGCCUUCCUUUCUGUAAUGGAACCACCAUAUUUUACGGCUGAGCCCGAGAGCGUGAUUUUGGCUGAAGUGGAGAAAGACGUGGACAUCCUGUGCCAGGCGAUGGGUGUUCCCAUUCCCACCCUAGUCUGGUAUAAGGACUCUGUCCCACUCAGCAAGCUGGAAAACCCCCGCUACAAAGUACUGGUGAGUGGGGGGCUGCGGAUCCACGGGCUGCGUCCUCAGGAUGCCGGAAUCUUCCAGUGCUUUGCUAGUAAUAAAGCUGGGGAGAUACAGACAUACACCUACCUGGAUGUGACGAACAUUAUACCAGCAUUUAUACAGCCUCCAGAGGAUACCACCGUUACAGAGGGGAUGACCGCAGUGCUAACCUGUGAAGUUUCAGGGGCUCCAAAACCUGCCAUCUCAUGGAAGAAAGGAGACCAGGUCUUAGCCAGUGGCUCAGUUCAGAUUCCUCGGUUCAUUCUUCUUGAAUCUGGAGGGCUCCAGAUAACACCCGUUUUCCUUCAGGAUGCUGGCAAUUAUACUUGCUGUGCAGUCAACUCUGAAGGAGCUCUGAAUGCUUUUGUGAUGCUGACAGUGUGGAAUCGCACUUUCAUUGUUCACCCUCCUGAGGAUAGCACUGUGAUCAAAGGAACCACAGCCACUCUGCGAUGUGAAGCGACUCAUGAUCCUAGAAUUCCAAUCAGGUAUGUUUGGAAGAAGGACAGUGUUGUAAUAAAUCCGUCCAGCAGUUCCAGGAUCACCGUAGAGAAAGAUGGAACCCUCCUCAUCAGCCAGACGUGGUCAGGUGACAUUGGAGACUACACUUGUGAGGUCAUUUCUUUUGGAGGAAACGACUCCAGAAUGGCUCGACUAGAAGUGAUCGAGCUGCCUCAUUCCCCUCAGAAUCUUCUGGCCGCUCUCAAUUCCUCAUACGGCCGCAGCGUGAUGCUCUCCUGGGUGCGCCCCUUUGAUGGAAACAGCCCUGUUCUCUACUACAUGGUCGAGCUCUCCGAGAAUAAUUCUCCCUGGAAGGUUCACCUAUCAAAUCUUGACCCAAAGAUGACCGGUGUCACUGUGAGUGGACUAACUCCAGCCCGAACCUACCAGUUUAGGGUGUGUGCGGUUAACCAGGUGGGAAAGGGCCAGUACAGCUCCGAGACCAGCAGGUUGAUGCUACCUGAGGAGCCCCCCAGUGCCCCACCUAAAAACAUAGUGGCCAGCGGGCGCACCAAUCAGUCUAUCAUGGUCCAGUGGCAACCACCUCCAGAGAGCGAACAUAAUGGGGUUCUUCAUGGGUACAUCCUAAGGUAUCGCCUGGCUGGCCUCCCUGGAGAAUACCAGUAUAAGAACAUCACCAGUGCAGAAAUUAACUACUGCUUAGUGAAAGACCUGAUCAUUUGGACCCAGUAUGAAAUCCAGGUGGCAUCUUACAAUGGAGCUGGGCUGGGAGCAUUCAGCAGACCUGUGACAGAGUACACUCUGCAGGGAGUGCCUACAGCCCCACCGCAGAAUGUGCAAGUCGAAGCUGUGAACUCCACAACCAUCCAGUUCUUCUGGAACCCUCCACCCCAACAGUUCAUCAAUGGCAUUAACCAAGGAUACAAGCUUCUAGCAUGGCCAGUGGAGGCUCCAGAGAGUGUGACCGUGGUCACCAUUGCUCCCGAUUUUCAUGGUGUUCAUAGUGGCUGCAUCACCAACCUGAAGAAAUACACUACUUACUACACAUCGGUUCUGUGUUUCACCACACCUGGCGAUGGACCACGAAGCACACCCCAGCUCCUGCGCACCCUGGAAGACAAGCCAGGAGCGGUGGGACAUCUGAGUUUCACUGAGAUUCUGGACACGUCUCUCAAGGUCAGCUGGCAAGAACCUGUGGAGAAAAAUGGCAUCAUUACAGGGUACCAGAUCUCCUGGGAGGUGUAUGGCAGGAACGAAUCUCGUCUUGCCCGCACGCUACCCAACACGACGCUGGAGUACAAGAUCACGGGGCUGUCAUCUCUCACCACCUACACAAUCGAGGUGGCAGCUGUGACCGCAAAAGGGAGCGGAUGGGUCACGUCCUCCACCAUCUCUUCUGGUGUGCCCCCAGAACUUCCAGGUGCUCCAUCCAACCUGGUGAUUUCCAACAUCAGCCCUCGCUCUGCCACGCUUCAGUUCCGGCCAGGAUACGACGGCAAAACCUCCAUCUCCAAGUGGAUAGUGGAAGGCCAGGUUGGUGUGCUGGGUGACGAAGAAGAGUGGGUGAGUCUUCAUGAGGUGGAGAAUGAACCUGAUGCUCAAAUGCUGGAGGUACCGAACCUUACUCCUUACACUCAUUACAGGUUCCGGAUGCGGCAGGUGAACGUGGUGGGUCCCAGCCCGCUCAGCCAGCCCUCCCGCGUCAUCCAGACGCUGCAAGCUCCGCCAGAUGUUGCCCCUGGGAGCGUCACCGUGCGCACGGCCAGCGAGACCAGCCUGUGGCUACGAUGGGUGCCCCUCCCCGACACACAGUAUAACGGCAAUCCAGAGUCUGUGGGGUACAGGAUAAAGUUCUGGCGUGUGGAUCUGCAGUCUCCCACCCUGAUGAGGGUUGUUAAUGACCGAUUGGAAAGAGAGUACACGAUUGAAGAUCUGGAGGAGUGGACAGAGUAUGAACUGCAGAUCCAGGCUUUCAAUGCUAUCGGGGCAGGACCGUGGAGCGAAGUGGUGAGAGGUCGUACACGGGAGUCCGUUCCCUCUGCUCCUCCUGAGAAUGUCUCUGCUGAAGCCGUGAGUUCAACCCAGAUCCUUCUGACGUGGACCGCAGUCCCUGAGUCUGAGCAGAAUGGUCUCGUCCUGGGUUACAAGAUACUGUUCAAAGCAAAAGACUUAGACUCUGAACCAAAGAGCCAAAUCGUAAGAGGUAACCACACUCAGUCUUUCCUGCUGUCUGGCUUGCGGAAAUACGUGCUCUAUGAGAUCCAGGUAUUGGCGUUCACUCGUAUCGGCGAUGGAGUCCCCAGCUCUCCUGCAGUUAUAGAAAGAACCAAGGAUGACGCUCCCGGGCCGCCCGUGAGGCUGGUGUUCCCCGAGGUGAGGCUGACAUCCGUACGGAUUGUUUGGCAGCCGCCGGAGGAGCCCAAUGGAAUUAUUCUAGGUUAUCAGAUUGCCUACCGCCUGGCCAGCAGCAGCCCGAACAAGUUCACGACGGUGGAGGUUGGCUCAACAGUCAGGCAGUUUACUGCUACAGAUCUCACCCCUGAGUCAGCAUACAUCUUUCGGACGUCUGCCAAAACCAGGCAGGGCUGGGGGGAGCCUCUGGAAGCCACAGUGAUCACAACGGAAAAAAGAGAACGACCAGCACCUCCCAGACAGCUGAUGACCCCCCAGAGUGAUGUGUCGUCACGGAGUUUGCUGUUGAAGUGGGUCCCUGGAAGUGACGGGUCUUCACCAAUACGAUAUUUCACAGUGCAAGUGCGAGAACUGCCAAACGGAGACUGGCAAACCUACUCCUCUUCCGUCAGCCACGAGGCAACAUCCUGCAUUAUUGAGAGCUUGAACCCGUUCACCUCUUACAAACUGCGAGUGAAAGCAACCAACGACAUCGGAGACAGUGACUUCAGUGCGGAGACUGAGGCGGUCACAACUCUGCAGGAUGUUCCAGGUGAGCCACCCAGUUCUGUGUUAGUAACUCCCCACACGACUUCAUCUGUCCUUGUGCAGUGGCAGCCACCCAAAGUUGAGAGUCUCAAUGGCUUGCUGUUGGGAUACCGGAUCUACUACCGGGAGCUGGAUUACGACUCUGGAUCUGGAACAGAAUCCAAAACCAUCCAGAACCCUUCAGCUUUAAGAGCAGAGCUCACACAGUUGAAGAAAUACAAGAGAUAUGAAGUGCUAAUGACAGCAUAUAAUAUAAUUGGUGAGAGCCCUACCAGCACACCAGUGGAAGUCUUUGUGGGUGAAGCAGCACCAGCGCUGGCCCCACAGAACAUCCAAGUAAACUCCCUUUCUGCAAGCCAGCUGGAGCUCACCUGGGACCCCCCUCCUGCCGACAGCCAAAAUGGGAAUAUUCAAGGCUACAAGAUUUAUUACUGGGAGAGCGACAUCCAAAAUGACACAGAGAAAGUGAAGGUCCUUUUCCUCCCGGAGACAACCGUCCGGCUCAAAAACCUGACCAGCCACACGCGGUACAUGGUCUGCAUCUCCGCCUUCAAUGCAGCCGGGGACGGCCCCAGGAGCAGCCCCUCGCAGGGCAGGACGCACCAGGCUGCACCCAGUGCUCCCAGCUUCUUGGCGUUCUCCGAAAUCACUUGCACUACACUCAACGUGUCUUGGGGCGAGCCGACAGCAGCAAAUGGAGUCCUGCAGGGUUAUCGAGUGGUCUAUGAGCCUUUGGCUCCCGUCCAGGGGGUGAGUAAGGUGGUGACUGUGGACAUUGAAGGGAACUGGCAACGCUGGUUGAAGGUCCGAGAUCUCACCAAGGGCAUGACCUAUUUAUUCAGAGUGCAAGCCCGAACCAUCGCCUAUGGACCUGAACUGCAAGCCAACGUCACAGCUGGGCCAGCAGAAGGGUCGCCCGGUUCUCCUCAGGAAAUUCUGGUGACAAAAUCUGCUUCUGGGCUGACACUACAAUGGACUGAGGGAGAUUCAGGAGAAAAACCCACAACUGGCUACAUUAUAGAGGCACGACCCUCAGAUGAAGGACUGUGGGAUAUGUUUGUGAAGGACAUCCCUCGCAGUGCUACCUCCUACACAGUUGGCCUGGACAAACUCAAACAGGGUGUCACCUAUGAAUUUCGGGUGGUGGCUGUCAAUGAAUUUGGCUAUGGAGAGCCAAGUGUUCCCUCUGUGGCAGUAUCAGCACAAACAGAAGCCCCUUUCUACGAGGAGUGGUGGUUUCUGCUGGUGAUGGCACUCUCAAGUCUGAUCCUCAUCCUCCUGGUGGUGUUUGCAUUGGUCCUGCAUGGCCAGAGCAAGAAGUACAAGAACUGCAGCACAGGUAAAACCAUCUCCAAUGUGGAAGAGUCGGUCACCCUGGAUAAUGGAGGCUUCACUGCUCUGGAGCUCAACAGCAGACACCUGAACAUCAAGAGCACCUUCUCAAAGAAGAAUGGAACCAGGUCUCCUCCUCGCCCAAGCCCAGGAGGGCUGCACUACUCUGAUGAGGAUAUCUGCAACAAAUACAACGGAGCUGUGCUGACCGAGGGCUUGGGCCUGAACGAGAAGCCCUUAGAAAUGUCGGAGUCAGAGGCCACUGACUCAGAUUAUGAAGACGAGUUGCCAAAGCACUCCUUUGUGAACCAUUACAUGAGCGACCCCACCUACUACAACUCAUGGAAGCGGCAGCAGAAAGGGGUGAAGCACCCGGCAUCCUAUAGAUACGAGGAGUGCGCCGCCAGCGAGACAGAACCCUAUUUCCAGACUGUCAUCACGACACAGAGCUCAGGAGGGGUGUACACCCCAACGGGACAGCCCGCGCCCGGCUCCCGGACUCCAGUGACAGGGUUCUCCUCCUUCGUCUGAGACGGGGCUGGAGGAUACAGCCGAACCGCCGGCGGCACUCGGAGGGACCCGUCGCAGUGACUGUGUGUGUGCGUGACCGGUGUGGUGAACUGUGGGUAACUUCUCUAUCAGGGUAGAAAUGGAUGGGAACACGAAUGAGGCUGGUGGGUUUUUUUUUUUUCUGAAGACAAUCAACUCUAAAAAUAUGGAGCUGAACUAGUUGAACCUUUGUUUAAAAAAAAAAAAAAAAAAAGGAAUUCUGAAAAGUGAUGAUUUUAACCACUUGUGAAUAGUAGGGGUUUUUUAACCGCUUUUUGUAACACUGCUUCAGGAAGCAGCUCCCAUGCCCUUCUCUUCCCUCUUUGUUUCUCUCCCCUCCUCCUGUCCCCCAUUCCCACACAAGGAGGUGAAUUCCCUAGAUGCAGCGAGUGACUUUGUGAUGUGAUUUGAAGAGAAAACAUAAAACCUCCCAGGCUCCUUUUUCUUCCUUUUUCUCUACUCUUUUUUUUUCUUUUUAAUUUUUCCCUGUCAUCAAGGUCAAGUAAGAAAAUAUAGAAAAGGGACAAAUUUUUACGUGAAAAGCGGACACCUCCCCUCUCCUUUUCUCAUUGCUGCUCCCCGCACUAGGAGCGCUGGCUGAUCAACUUAGGCUCAGAUGUGUCACUGUGUCUGCUCCAGGCUCACUACCGGUGUGUUUAUACCGAAUUGCUGGCCUGCUUUUCUUCCUUGUUCAAAUGGGACCUGCUCCAUUCUUUAAAUAUUCCAACUCCAGGGCCUUUAGAAGAGGAGAUGGCUCGAAAGAGCAUUGUAGGCAGCGGUGGGUGGAACAAGCGGGAAGAAUUCAGAUGCAAGGUCCAUUUAUUUUUGGUGUGGCUCUUGUCCUCCCUCGUGGACUGCAUGUGCCAUUUGAAUCGGUCAUUUUUUAAGUCAAAGGACACAACCCAGCAAGCCAGAGGAAUCUUUCAACUAAGAUUGCAGUGACAAGCUAGAGAGUCUACUAAUUGAUGAGGUUUUUGAUCAUCAAAGUUAUCCAGCCCUGUCAAUAGAAGUUGAGCAUCCUUUCUCACCCAGGCUCUGCAGUGCUGCUUACCGGUCUGUAAAAAAGAACACAGUAGCUGGGUUGGUUUGAUUUUAUUUUUUUAGUACAAUGACACAUCACACAGACUGGGUGAGUUUUGGUAUCCACAGGUGCCUUUUAUUGAUUCUUCAGCUUCAUAUCUGGGAGAAGCAACAAAGUGUCUCCAAAUAAAGCUAACCAGGUUUUUCAAGCAUUAGGGUCAUGAAUUACCUUGUGCACGUUUACAGGCUGCUUUGUGCACUUGAAGGUACAGCCUUUGGAAAGUAGAGAGGGAAUUUUUAGUUUAUUUUCCAUCCUUUUGUAUAGCUCCCUUUUUGUUUUCUUCUUUUCUAUCUUUUUCCUGAGUCUGCCCUGUUUAGCAGCAAGUGGUUUGCUCACAAGGAAGUUGUCAGGGGUUUAAAGAAUCCAAGUCCAGCCCUUGGACCUAGCAAGGUUCACCAGACUUUUCACUGCAAGAGUUGGAAAGGUGAGUUUGGAAGUAGGCAAGUCCUUGCCACUCCGGUGUCUGGCACUUCCUCCCAGGUGGAUCUAGGUCAGCCAGGAAAGUUGGUAUCCUGCCACUUGCUAACGUCCCGUCAGGGCACGUGUGGGCACUGCUACUAUUGCAAAUUGGCCCUGUCCUCUCCGGAGGGAUGCGGGACAGCUGUGGCACUGGGUCAUAGUGUCUUCAAGGCAGGUUGUUGAAACCAACCUGGUGUUGAUUGUGGUGGCUGCCUGUUCCUACCCAUGGGGGCUGGUUAGAAGUAGCCUGGUGGCACCUCACCUGAACAGGUGAGGUCCAAGGACAAGCUCAGCCUUGCUGUCACCUUUCAGUGCCUCUCGGAUAGGGCAGAUGAUCUCAGAACUGCUUUUACUCUUUGCACUGCUGUUCCUGGUGCAUACAGAUUCUGGAUAGCUUUGGCACUGGAUUGCUCUUUCUCUCCAAAGGCUUCAGAAAGAAAAAGUUCAAAAACCAAAAACUCCAGUGGGUGUGUUUAAGGGCUUUUGAGUUUGGGAUAAUGAUCCACAGCUCAUUAGAUGGCAAGGGAUGUGCAAAUACACAGGCUUGAGCCAAAACCCUGUGAGCCAUCCCCCUCUCUGCACCUGGAUAGGAUGUGUGUGGGAUGGAGAAGGGGCUCCAAAGAAGAUGACGUGGCGCUUAUUGUGAAAAGGAAUGCAAAGCAAACAAAACCCCACUGCCUUCUGCGCACUUUGACUGUUCUCUUAAGCCAUAUGGACUUUGCUUUAAUUACUGAACUGACAAAAAUUUGUUUGCAGUCUGAGUUUUUUGUUUCUUAGACAAAAUUAUCUACAGGACUUUUCUUCUUUGUUAUUUUAAUAUAUCAAAUUACUUAUUUUAAACACCUUAUAUAUGUGUGACAUAGCAAUGCAAUUGCUGUUGGAAUUUUAAUGGUGCUUAUCCAACAGGUAUGAGAGGUAGUGCUACAGGAGGAGGCUUUCGAGGACCCCUAAGGACUUUAGGGAUGUAGAUUAGUAGAAAGUAGAUCAAAGAUGAAGAGCUUGCUCCAAAGGAAAGCGUAGUGUGAGUAGCUCCGUAUCUCCUGAACAUUGCCAGAUCUGAAUUGGUGUAAGGUGCAGUUGAUCCCGGGGCUGAUCUGAUACCACAUUGAGCAAAAAAGCAAGGAAACCAUGGGGAAUAAAGGAAAUAGACUCUGUGGCCACUGCUGCACUGAAGGACAACGUGGGCAGCAACACGAUCUGUACGGAGUGAGGAGAAGAGACUAUGCCUUUUUUCUCAGAGCCAUCCACGACUAAAGCCUGAGCUUGCUGAGCAGCUGCUGGGUUGGCUGCGUGGCCCUUUUCUUCUGACUGCUGCCGAAAUAACAGGUUAGGUGUGAUUGCUUUAGGACCUGUUGAUCCGAACAAAGGUAUUUCUGUUCCAGUCCAGUCCACACUAUUGUCACUCUCGGUUUUGUUUUGUUUAGGAGUUGGCUUUUCUUACAUGUGGGUUUAUUUUACUUAGGCAUUUGCAGAGCGGGGAAGUGCACUGCCCUGCUCACCCCUAAGAUGAGCAUCAGAUAUGUGUUCUGCUGCCCAGGAUCCCAUGCAGCUACAUGCAUGAUGCCUGUGCCUUCUUGUUAGCAUGCUGUACUUGUAAAAUAUGAUUAAUGGGUAGGUUUUAUUUACCUCAGAUAUCAGGUAAAUUGUUCUAUCUGGAAGGAGACACUCCAUCAGUUAGCAAGAAAGCUCUUUUUCAUAGCUGUAAUCUUUGGGAAUCACAGCCUUGAAAUACGACUUUUAAACAGUAGUUGUCAUGUUACAAUAACUUCACCCAUCAAAUCCGCUUCUGUUUCCAUCUUCCUGUUUAGAACAGUCUUGAAAAAUGAAGGCUUAUAUUUAAAAUGCCUUCUUAGGAUAUUUUAUUUGUAUUUAUUUAUUUACUUUCCCAUGUUUCUCAGGUCUCCUGGUGGCUGUUACUAAAAAAUAAAAACAACUUCAUGAAAUGACCAAGGGAGACAUUUCAGGGAACGGUUUAAUAGGAGCUCGUUUUUCAUGCAAUAGCCAUGGAAAUAUCCAAUUUCCUGCAGGAAAGAAGUGCCCAAGUCUUCACCCCCCUCCCAGGGCUGAGAUGACACCAGCCGCCACCGUCAGCGAUGCUCCCGGCACUCCCAACAGCACUGAACCUCAGGUUGUCCCUGUCAUAAAUCACAUGAGUGAAGGAGCUGUGCUGUUCCAGCCCACUCUACGCGGUGCGUUUUAUCCCCCAAAAGUCCGUAUCGCACUUGGUGUGUCCCCCACCAUAGCCCACCCCCUUGGGCGGAGUAUUUUCCAUUCUCAUCUUUUAAUGCUCCGAUGCUGGCACACGACCAGCGCUGCUGGGGUGCGAGCGGCAGCGUGAGAAGGGACAGGAGAGGGCACUGUUUUGCUUUCAUCGGUGGCAAUCUCUUUUUCCCCAGCCGGGGAAUCACCCGUGCGAAACCCCUUCGUGGGGAGGGCAGGGAGAAGCGAGAGCACAGAAAGCAAAGGGUUUCAUCAGCAUUUCCUGAAGGAAUCACCCUGUGGCCAGCGAUCCUGCUUUUGGAAGCAGCUGACAUUACUGGAGAGAAGAAAAAAACCAUACUGAAAAAGAAACUAAUCCAUUACCCAAAAGGAUUUUUUUUUCCCCCUCUUCAUUUUGAGUGUUAAAACCAGCGAUGCUUUGCAGAUGGGCCAAUAUCUCAUUUUUCCUGCUUAUACCCAGGUCUCUGCCAGAAGCUGCUUAGCAAUUGUUUAGAAUAAAUAUCCAAGUCUGUCUUGACAUGGGGCUACAUUUAUUAUCCUUGUCAUUGCUUCCCUCAAGAAAUCCAUUGGGUUAUCCAAAGAUUAUCCAAUCUGCUCUCCAAAAGGGGAGGUGAGAUAGCUAUUUAUACAUACAGAGUGCUGGUGUCUUCUCCCACUUGCUGAUUUCAGAUAAGCAGGGCAACUGGUUUUAGAAAAAUCCUUUUAGAAAAGGAAUUUAUCAGGAAACUUCAAAGAAAAAAAAAAGCCAACAAAAAAUGAAACACAAGAAUUAUAACCUUUGGCAGGGCCAUUAGAAAUCUUGAAGUCCUAGAAACCCGUGACAUGUAAGACUGAAUAUGAUCCCAAAACCUCCUGUCUUUAGCGGUCUCCUUUAUCAAUAGCAGCCAAAAGGGCACAUGCACUGCGGGGUUAUAUUUGGAGAGGAAAAGCCAUCACAGAGCAGUUGCUAGAUGGGCAGGUUGUACUGCAAACAGCUUCAUUUGACCUGGAGUUCCUGCCGGUUCCAUCACAUUUCUUCGGUUGUUUUUAAUAGGUUUUUUCCGGCAUGUGUGGAGCCCAUACAACAUCAUGGCAUUAGUAGAGGUCACGUAGGGAGAAGUAUGUCCCUGUGGGUGUUUACGCAAAGCCGCACGCAUGACAAUGUGGUUGUACAGUAUCUAUUGAAAUCUCUUUAUGGAAAGCCACCCUUGAACUAGGAACACGCCCCAAGACUGAACGUGCUGGGCUGGGCAUGGGCCUUAAAUAGCUUCACCUGACAAGUCCCUUCAGUUCUUUGCAUUUCUGUAUUCUGUUUCUUUCCCUCACGUUGCCACCCCCAGCCUUCCCAGACAAAUAAAGUUGGCUUGCACUUUGUGAAGGUGUAAAGUUUGCUGCCCCCGGUAGUAGAGAGCCACAACCAAUAAGCACACACGUGACACAUGGGACAGGUGAGGUAUGUUUGAAAAAGGAGUGAAAUACCAUUGGGACUUGAGAUUCAGGCUCUGACUCAGAAUUUUAUCUUCUCAAAGUUGCCACCUGCCGAUUUUAAAUGGUCUUGGAGCCACAAGACUUGGCAGGAAAUUCAUUGUUUUGAUGCUGUUUGAUCACUGUGCACUUUCUUGGGGCUUGAACUGCUGGAUAUAGAGACUGGAAUGGGGCUACAGAGCUUAAUAUCAAAGUGUUUUCCCAUGUAUGGCCGAUUCUCUAGAUCUGGGAAUGAAACCUUUCUGCUAAUGUGACGUGGUGGUGUUCUGCAGGUGGGACACCUGGGAAGUGCCACCGGCGCUCCCCCGUUGAUGUCGUUAAGCUCCCUGGCAGUGCUGGGAUCUGUCACGGUGCAGUGGGAGCUCUCGGGUAGCAGAAAGGCGUGAGAACACGGUAUGAAGGUGACUUUGUAGCCGGUCACUUUGCCACUCUUGGGAUGGAGUCCAUCCUCCGGUUUGGUAUCUGCUGUCAGCUUAGGGGUAGGACCACCUUACACAGCUGUGUUUGAGUUACCCUUCGGUGUACUGCGGUUAUCGGAUUGUUGCUUUUACUUCAGUGUCUCCUUGGGGAUUUGCCCUGGAUUUUUGUUCCACACCUCUUGUUAGCCUCACCUUCACCACUCCACUAUUUUAUAUGAGAAAGUUACUUCUUCUUUUGCAAAUUUGCUUCUAAUUAAAAGAACCCUUUUUGAAA